AAUUCCGGUGGUGGGCCCACGGAUUCCCAGCAGGACAGCGACUGACAAACGGAGGAGAAGAAAUAGGGUAAGGAAACAUCAGAGAGGAACGCGGCGGAACUGAAAACCCUAGCACGCUCAUUUCACCUCAGCUCCCUUCGCCAUCGCAGCAGCUCACCCGGACCCCCGAUCCCCUCAGGCUGUUUAAACAGUAAUUAGCAGUGAUGGCUGAUGGUGAAUCGGACAAGAAUAUUGAAAUAUGGAAGAUCAAGAAACUGAUCAAGGCAUUGGAAUCUGCCAGGGGUAAUGGUACAAGCAUGAUAUCUCUUAUUAUGCCUCCACGCGAUCAAAUAUCUCGUGUCACUAAGAUGUUGGGUGAUGAGUUUGGAACUGCUUCAAACAUCAAGAGUAGGGUCAACCGUCAGUCUGUCUUGGGUGCCAUUACUUCUGCCCAACAGAGGCUCAAGCUGUACAACAAGGUUCCUCCCAAUGGUCUGGUGCUUUACACUGGGACCAUUGUCACUGAAGAUGGCAAGGAAAAGAAGGUGACCAUAGAUUUCGAGCCUUUCAAGCCUAUUAAUGCUUCACUAUACCUCUGUGAUAACAAAUUUCACACUGAGGCCCUGAAUGAGCUCUUAGAGUCUGAUGACAAGUUUGGGUUCAUUGUCAUGGAUGGAAAUGGAACUCUAUUUGGAACACUCAGUGGGAAUACAAGAGAAGUACUCCACAAGUUCACUGUCGAUCUUCCCAAGAAGCACGGAAGAGGAGGUCAGUCAGCUCUACGUUUUGCCCGUCUUCGGAUGGAAAAACGACACAAUUACGUCAGGAAGACUGCAGAGCUUGCGACUCAGUUCUUCAUCAACCCUGCCACUAGUCAGCCUAACGUGGCUGGUCUAAUUCUUGCUGGUUCUGCCGAUUUCAAGACUGAGCUGAGCCAAUCAGAUAUGUUUGAUCCUCGUCUACAGGCUAAGAUACUUAACGUGGUUGAUGUUUCCUAUGGAGGUGAAAAUGGGUUUAAUCAGGCUAUCGAGUUGUCUGCUGAAAUCCUCUCGAAUGUGAAGUUCAUACAGGAGAAGCGCUUGAUUGGGAAGUACUUCGAGGAAAUCAGUCAAGAUACUGGAAAAUAUGUAUUUGGGGUAGACGAUACUUUGAAGGCUCUCGAAAUGGGUGCUGUUGAGACCCUUAUUGUGUGGGAGAACUUAGACAUUAACAGGUAUGUGCUGAAGAACAGCACCACAGGCGAGGUCAUAAUCAAGCACUUGAACAAGGAGCAGGAAGCUGAUCAGAGCAACUUCCGGGACCCAGCUACCCCUGCUGAGCUAGAAGUUCAGGAGAAGAUGCCGCUGCUUGAGUGGUUUGCAAAUGAGUACAAGAAAUUUGGCUGCACUCUUGAGUUUGUCACCAACAAGUCUCAGGAGGGGUCGCAAUUUUGCCGAGGGUUUGGCGGAAUUGGGGGUAUCCUCCGUUACCAGCUGGACAUAAGAUCGUUUGACGAGCUGUCUGAUGAUGGAGAGGUUUACGAGGAUUCUGACUGAAGUGCAGGAUGAGCUGAUGCCAAAGACGGGCUGUGAUGACGAAACUUUGCUGCUUCUCUUUCGAUAAUCUGAAAAAUCGGCCCAAGAAGAUACUUGGCUCCCGCUCGCACAGUUUGGUUGCCCGUCCCACCUGUUUUGCAAAGAUCGUACUCAUCACUUCUUUCUUCCUCCUGCACUUUCCUGUUUUGAAAUGCGUUCGAUGGCAACAGACCACAGAUAUGGUUUUAUGAGGACCUUUAUAUGAAGAGGACAGAUUGGUAAAGCUUCGAAAAGAUAGGCAUAAGGGAUCAAAGAGGGUAUGUCCGAACAUAUUUCCCUGUUCUGUUUUGUCUUGUCAUUAUGACUGUUCUAUACAGUGUCCCUUGUUUGAUCUCGUUUUACUCAUGUUCCCCGGGGACUUAAGUCGGUCAGUCCCGGGAUGGCUUUGUGAACUUAUCUUCUUGAGUCUCCCCCACUUUACUUUGUUAUUUUACUUCCUUGCCAGGAUGAAUUUCAUUGAGAACUCAAAUCAGGAA